GUACACGUCGCGCACAUGCAAUCAUUUCUUCACUUCACUGUCACUGCACUUUCUCGAAACAGCCCAAUCCUUCUCGUUCUUCUCCUCUUCGCUUCCCUUCUCGCGCUUUUCAGGCUCUUCUUCUCUGUAUUGCGCGCGCAGCUUUUGUCCAUGGCGUUUGCUCACUGCUUGCUAGCUGUUCCUGUUGAUACUUCAAAUCACCCAAAAACUACAAUUCCCAAUUCUUUUUCUUCUCCUUCUGCUGCUGCUGCUGAGUCCCUGUCUUUAUCUCUCUCUUCGUUUUCUAUUGGAUCUAACUCCCGAAAACUCUCUAUCUUUCCCAGACUCCAAAGAAUUGGACAUAAAGCCAAGGCUAAGGCACAAGAAUCUGAAGUCAGUUUAGCUGCAGAUGCCUUUACUCAUUUCAAACAUCUGCUUCUGCCAAUCACGGACAGGAACCCUUAUCUUUCUGAGGGUACAAGACAGGCUGCUGCUACUACCGCUGCAUUAGCGAAGAAAUAUGGGGCUGACAUCACUGUUGUAGUUAUUGAUGAAAAGCAGAAAGAAUCAUUUCCAGAGCAUGAAACCCAAAUGUCUAGCAUUCGCUGGCAUCUCUCUGAAGGUGGAUUCCAAGAAUUCAACUUGUUGGAGCGGCUCGGUGAAGGGAACAAGCCCACCGCCAUCAUUGGUGAUGUUGCUGAUGACCUAAACUUAGAUUUGGUAGUAAUAAGCAUGGAAGCAAUUCAUUCCAAGCAUGUGGAUGCCAACUUACUGGCUGAGUUCAUUCCUUGCCCUGUCUUACUUUUACCAUUGUAGAUUCCAGCCUUUGCCUUGGAGAAAACAGAAACCUACCAAUAUUGUUAUUGAAAGUGGAGCCUUCCCCUGAUGGUCUUUUUAGUUUUGAUCCAGUUUGUUUAGCUUUUUAUUUUUGGGUAAGCUUGUUCAAGGGCUUGUGGGUGGCCUAGGUUGACGAAAGCAGUUUUUCAAGUUAUUGUGAAUAGUUGCGGGUGCGCAUGAUCAAUCUAGGAAGGGACCAAACCUACUUUUGGUGGUGUUUUUAUCGUUUAUUAGACAUGAACUGAUGAUGGUUAUAUUCUACUAAUCUCUGGAAUUUGCUGUA